GAGUGAGGACAAAGGUUGAUCUCCUGCAGCCAGCUAGCUUGCCACAACUCCCUGAGAUCUCCCAGGUGGCGGCUGCCUCCUCCAGACAGGCUCAUCCAUCAUGACCAAACUGAGCACCCAAGUCAAAGGGUCUCUCAAUGUCACCACGCCGGGGCUGCAGAUAUGGAGAAUCGAGGCCAUGCAGAUGGUUCCUGUUCCUUCCAGCACUUUUGGAAGCUUCUUUGAUGGUGACUGCUAUGUAGUCCUGGCUAUCCACAAAACCAGCAACAACCUAUCCUAUGACAUCCACUAUUGGAUUGGCCAGGACUCGUCCCAGGACGAACAAGGGGCAGCUGCCAUCUACACGACGCAGAUGGAUGACUUCCUGAAGGGCAGAGCUGUCCAACACCGGGAGGUCCAGGGCAACGAGAGCGAGACCUUCCGGAGCUACUUCAAGCAGGGCCUUGUGAUCCGGAAAGGGGGCGUGGCUUCUGGCAUGAAGCAUGUGGAGACCAACUCAAGCAACGUUCGGCGGUUGCUGCACGUCAAGGGCAAGAGGAACGUGGUGGCCGGAGAGGUGGAGAUGUCCUGGAAGAGUUUCAACCGAGGAGAUGUCUUCCUCCUGGACCUGGGGAAGCUUAUCAUCCAGUGGAAUGGGCCAGAGAGUAAUCGCAUGGAGAGACUUAGGGGCAUGACCCUGGCCAAGGAGAUCCGAGACCAGGAGCGGGGUGGACGGACCUAUGUGGGAGUGGUUGAGGGGGACAAUGAAGAGGAGUCCCCGAAGCUGAUGGCCAUCAUGAACCACGUGCUGGGCCCACGGAAGGAGCUGAAGGCGGCCAUCUGUGAUUCGGUAGUGGAGCCGGCAGUCAAGGCCUCUCUCAAGCUGUACCACGUGUCUGACUCAGAGGGAAAACUGGUGGUGAGGGAAGUCGCUACCCGGCCACUCACACAGGACCUGCUCAGCCACGAGGACUGUUACAUCCUGGACCAGGGAGGCCUGAAGAUCUUCGUGUGGAAGGGCAAGAACGCUAAUGCCCAGGAGAGGAGUGGAGCCAUGAACCAGGCUUUGAACUACAUCAAAGCCAAACAGUACCCACAAAACACACAGGUGGAGGUGCAGAAUGAUGGGGCCGAGUCAGCCAUCUUUCAACAGCUCUUCCAGAAGUGGACCGUGCCCAACCGCACCUCAGGCCUGGGCAAAACCCACACUGUGGGCUCUGUGGCCAAGGUGGAGCAGGUGAAGUUUGAUGCCACAUCCAUGCACGUGCAGCCUCAAGUGGCUGCCCAGCAGAAGAUGGUGGAUGACGGGAGCGGAGAGGUGCAGAUCUGGCGCAUCGAGAACCUGGAGAUGGUGCCCGUGGAUUCCAAAUGGGUGGGCCACUUCUAUGGAGGUGAUUGCUAUCUGCUGCUCUAUACUUACCUCAUUGGCGAGAAGCAGCACUACCUCAUCUACAUCUGGCAGGGCGCCCAGGCCAGUCAGGAUGAAAUCGCAGCCUCAGCCUAUCAAGCUGUCAUCCUGGAUCAGAAAUACAACGAUGAACCAGUGCAGAUCCGGGUCCCGAUGGGCAAGGAGCCACCUCACCUCAUGUCCAUCUUCAAGGGACGUAUGGUGGUUUACCAGGGAGGCACCUCCCGGGCUAACAACUCGGAGCCUGUGCCCUCCACAAGGCUGUUCCAGGUCCGGGGAACGAGCGCCAACAACACCAAGGCCUUUGAGGUCACGGCUCGGGCUACUUCCCUCAAUUCGAAUGAUGUCUUCGUCCUCAAGACCCCAUCCUGCUGCUACCUGUGGUGCGGGAAGGGCUGUAGCGGGGAUGAGCGGGAGAUGGCCAAAAUGGUCGCUGACACUAUCUCGCGGACAGAGAAGCAAGUGGUAGUGGAGGGGCAGGAACCAGCCAACUUCUGGGUGGCCCUGGGCGGAAAGGCACCCUACGCCAACACUAAGAGACUGCAGGAGGAAAACCAGGUCAUCACCCCUCGGCUCUUCGAGUGCUCCAACCAGACUGGGCGCUUCCUGGCCACGGAAAUCCUGGAUUUCAAUCAGGAUGACUUGGAGGAGGAGGAUGUGUUCCUGUUGGAUGUCUGGGACCAGGUCUUCUUCUGGAUAGGAAAGCAUGCCAAUGAGGAGGAGAAAAGAGCUGCUGCCACCACUGUGCAGGAAUACCUCAAGACUCACCCUGGCAGCCGGGACCCUGAAACUCCCGUCAUUGUGGUGAAGCAGGGACAUGAGCCCCCGACCUUCACAGGCUGGUUCCUGGCUUGGGAUCCCUUCAAGUGGAGUACCGUCAAAUCCUAUGAUGACCUGAAGACAGAGCUUGGGAACUCUGGAGACUGGAGCCAGAUUGCUGAUGAGAUCACAAGCCCCAAAGUGGAUGUGUUCACUGCCAACACCAGCUUCAGUUCUGGGCCCCUGCCCAUCUUCCCCUUGGAGCAGCUGGUGAACAAGCCCGUGGAGGACCUCCCUGAGGGCGUGGACCCCAGCAGGAAGGAGGAGCACCUGUCCAUGGAAGAUUUCACUAAGGUCUUGGGGAUGACACCGGCUGCCUUCUCUGCCCUGCCUCGAUGGAAGCAACAAAACCUCAAGAAGGAAAAAGGCCUAUUUUGAGACGAGUACUUGUGUCUAUAAGGCAGCACCCUGUCCUGCUUGCAAGGGUUUUCGUCAGCACUCAUUUUAGUCCUACGUCAAUUGUACAGUGUCUCCAUGGGUGCAUGAGAGCAGCAGUGUGCGGCAAUGCCCUGUUUAGUAAUCUACCAGUUCCUUCUGAAAGAUGCCACCUCCCAUGGAGCCUGUGAUCUGAAGAUGGCUGGAUUGUUUCUAAGCUAGGGCGCUACAUCUUUUCUAACCAUCUUGUUCUAUAGCUUUUUUUUUUUUGCUCAGAGCAGCCAAACACUACAUAAGACACUGGUUCUGAAGAAAGGUUUUCUCCAGUAAAGUUGAUCAACAGUAGGGAGGCUAGGGCGUUUUGCACUUUUACAUAUUGCUCCAAGGUAAGAGCUUUCUUUCACAAACUUUUCUUACUGCCAUAUGUGGUCGGUUAAGGAGACCCCUUCUUUGAAGUCUGCAUGAAAUGCAGAUAUCACUCCUACCUGAUGCUCUAAUCCAGGAAGUGCUUAGUUAAGGCUGAUGCUGGGUUUACAAACUGUUACCCAGAAGCCUCUGCAGUUUCAUAGGCUCCUCGGGUCCAAUCAGGAAGCUAACCAGGUGACUGACACUUCAAACAGGUGUUUGUUCAAACUGUCUCCAUGCAUGUGUCCUUUUAAAGAAAUAAGUCAAACCAAUACAAGGCUAAUAAAGGCUUUAAUUUCACACACACACAAAACUUUAUAUAAUUUAAAAAGGAAACAAAACAAGGAAAAACCGUCAAGGAUAGAGGAACAGUUCUGCUAAAACACAGAUAAAGUGCCGUUCCAUACAAAACAUCAAGAAUCAGAAUCAAGUCACUCUGAACACAAAAGGAAAAAGCCACUUCAUAAAUAUGUGGCCAAAGCUGCCAGCAAACCUGAGAGUGGCUCAAUUAGGCAAAGUGCAGGAACCUCACUGUUGUUUUCCUCACCCUAGGCAUAAAGAACCGCUACCCAUGGGCCGGGGAGGUUGACGGAGGAGGGAAGACUGGGGCAGAAGUGUGCACACCCUCUUGUGGUUUCCCUGUCUGUUCACUGUUUUUGAAAUAGACCAGCUCAGCUGACUACCCCUGUGUUCUGGCACUUGAUCUGAUCUGAAGAACUUGGAGCCUGAUCCAGACCCUCCUCUACUCUGUUCUUAUGCCUGUAGAUAGACCUAGAACUCUGAACUUCUCUGUACUUGAAAUUCACUGUCACUAUAAUGCUUACUCAUACUGGCACACUUUUAAUUAAAACCUCAAGAUCUCAGACACAUAACACACAUGGAAAGAGAACAAUUUACUAAUUGUGUAUAACAAAAGAGACUGCGUCAAUCCUAGCAAUCGAAGCAACAUAAGGGAGUCAAUGGUGAAACAGCAGAAUGCCUGUCAUGAAACUCAUGACUUAACAAACUGUGUUCUAAUAAAAUAAUAAAAAAUUUACUUCUUCA